AUGCAGCAACUGAACACCAUCAUGGCAGGAUCUCCGGGUCUCAUCACCAUCUUCCUUUUGGGAUAUCUACUCAGUACUGAAUGUGCAGUUUUCCUCGAUCGUGAAAAUGCCACCAAAAUUCUUACCCGUCCAAAGAGAUAUAAUUCAGGGAAACUGGAAGAGUUUGUUAGAGGAAACCUUGAGAGAGAAUGUAUAGAAGAAAGAUGCAGUUUUGAAGAAGCACGAGAAGUUUUUGAAAAUGAUGAAAAAACUACUGAAUUUUGGAAGCAGUAUGUUGAUGGAGAUCAGUGUGAAUCAAAUCCUUGUUUAAAUGGUGGAAUAUGCAAGGAUGAUAUUAAUUCCUAUGAAUGUUGGUGCCAAGUUGGAUUUGAAGGAAGGAACUGUGAAUUAGAUGCAACGUGUAACAUUAAAAAUGGCAGGUGCACGCAGUUUUGUAAAAACAGUCCUGAUAACAAGGUAAUUUGUUCCUGCACUGAGGGAUACCAACUUGCAGAAGACCAGAAGUCCUGUGAACCAGCAGUUCCAUUUCCAUGUGGAAGAGUUUCUGUUUCAUACAGUUCUAAAAAGAUCACCCGUGCUGAGACCGUUUUCUCUAAUAUGGACUAUGGAAAUUCUACUGAAGCUGAAUUCAUUCUGGAUGACAUCACUGACGGUGCCAUUCUUGAUAACAUCACUGAAAAUAGUGAAUCACUUAAUGACUUCACUCGAGUUGUUGGUGGAGAAAAUGCAAAACCAGGUCAAAUCCCUUGGCAGGUCAUUUUAAAUGGUGAAAUUGAGGCAUUCUGUGGAGGUGCCAUCAUUAAUGAAAAAUGGAUUGUGACUGCUGCCCACUGCCUUAAACCUGGUGAUAAAAUUGAGGUUGUUGCUGGUGAAUAUAACAUUGAUAAAAAGGAAGACACAGAACAAAGGCGAAAUGUGAUUCGAACUAUCCCUCAUCACCAGUACAAUGCAACUAUUAACAAGUAUAGUCAUGACAUUGCCUUGCUGGAACUGGAUAAACCUUUAAUACUAAACAGCUAUGUAACACCUAUCUGUGUUGCCAAUAGGGAAUAUACAAAUAUCUUCCUCAAGUUUGGUUCUGGCUAUGUGAGUGGCUGGGGGAAAGUCUUCAACAAAGGGAGACAGGCUACCAUUCUUCAGUACCUUAGAGUUCCACUGGUUGACCGAGCCACAUGCCUUAGGUCCACAACAUUCACCAUCUAUAACAACAUGUUCUGUGCAGGUUACCGUGAAGGAGGCAAAGAUUCAUGUGAAGGAGAUAGUGGGGGACCCCAUGUCACUGAAGUAGAAGGGACAAGUUUCUUAACUGGCAUUAUUAGCUGGGGUGAAGAAUGUGCGAUGAAAGGCAAAUAUGGAAUCUAUACUAAAGUUUCGCGGUACGUCAACUGGAUUAAGGAAAAAACAAAGCUAACUUAA